AUGAGCUCCCCAGCUUCUCAGGGCCGCCUCGCCGGCAAGAACUGCGUCGUCACCGGCGCUGCCGGUGGCAUUGGUCUGGAGACCACCAUCCUCUUUGCCCGUGAGGGCGCCAAGGUCCUGAUGUGUGACAUCUCGGGCCCGGCGCUCGAGAAGGGUCUGGCGAAGGCGAAGGAGCUCUCGCCGGCCGGCGCCGUCAUUGAGACCAAGAUUGUCGAUGUCUCGUCCGAGGACUCGGUCAAGGCCGCGAUUGAUCACCUGGAUGCCUGGGGUGGCCUGGACGUCAUCUUCAACAACGCCGGCAUCAUGCAUGCCGACGACGCUGAUGCCGUCGACACGCCCGAGAAGAUCUGGGACCUGACCCAGAACAUCAACGUCAAGGGCGUCUGGUUCGGCAGCAAGCACGCCGUCCUCUCCCUCCGCAAGCACGGCAAGAAGAACGGCUCCAUCAUCAACACCGCCUCCGUCGUCGCCCUCGUCGGCUCCGCCACCCCUCAGCUGGCUUACACCGCCUCCAAGGGCGCUGUGCUCGCCAUGACCCGUGAGCUGGCCAUCGUCCACGCCCGCGAAGGCUUCCGCUUCAACUCCCUCUGCCCCGCUCCUCUCAACACCCCUCUCCUCCAGGACUGGCUUGGCGACGACAUCCCCAAGCGCCACCGCCGCGAGAUUCACUUCCCGACCGGCCGCUUCGGCGAGGCCAUUGAGCAGGCCAAGGCCGUCGUUUUCCUCGCCAGCGACGAGGCCAGCUUCGUCAACGGCACCGACUUUGUCGUCGACGGCGGCAUGACCAAGGCCUACGUCACCCCCGAGGGUCCCCCCUCCUUGGCUCCCCAGAACCUUGCCUCUGGCAGGUAA